GUGGUUGCAGCAGUCAGAAGUUUCUUCUUCUGUUGUUUGAUGCCAAGCAGCACCAGUUGUGUUGGGUUUUUGUGUGGCUUUUUUGGAAAUGGCUUCUGGACUUUGUGUGAGGGUGCUCUUGCUCUCACUCUUAGCCUUUGGGCCACAUGCUGGGGCACUGAGCUACAGAAGUGGAGACUCCAGUGGAGUUACACCGUACUUUAAGGUCCCCAGUGCUUUGCUCAGAGGCCAUAAACCAGCUUUAGCCCCUUCCAGAUAUGAGAGUUCUGCACAGACUGGAGGAUCUCAAAGUGGCUCUGGACCCAGUUACCCUGAAGGUGGCUCAUCUGAUGAACUGGAGCCUGCUGGUGCCAGAGGUUAUACUGGUUAUUAUGGAAGGCAAGUAGAUGGUAACAGUCAAGAAGGAAGUGUUCCUAGUUACAGGCCUAACCCAAUGAUUCCUUCAAAACCCAGAGAGAACCCGCUUCAGCCAAGUUACCACGCUAACCCUGAUAACAUUCAGACCAAAAAAAACAUGUGGAAUUUUGCAUUUCCCAAUAAUGGAAACAAAUUUCAGUUAGGCAGUGUUUCAAGUUCUGGUAUUAAGAUGGAUAUUGCACCGCUGAGCUACCAGCCCCAGCAGCUGUCGAGCUACCAGCCCCAGCAGCCCAAGCAGCUGUCGAGCUACCAGCCCCAGCAGCCCAAGCAGCCGUCGAGCUACCAGCCGUCGAGCUACCAGCCCCAGCAGCCCAAGCAGCCUUCGAGCUACCAGCCGUCGAGCUACCAGCCCCAGCAGCCCAAGCAGCCGUCAAGCUACCAGCCGUCGAGCUACCAGCCCCACCAGCCCCAGCAGCCGUCGAGCGACCAGCCCCAGCAGCCUGUUAUGCAAAGGAAAGAUGACAUGUGGGACUUUGCGCUUUCCCCUGAUGGUGUCGCUUUUGACCCUGAUGAGAUGUCCACUUACCCUGAAGGGAAUGUUGAGCCUAGAAAUUUUAGACCAACUUUAAUGGUGGCCCCAAACCAUCCUGGAUGGCAGCGGCAAUGGGGACGUGUGUGAGGUCAUGAGCUUGACUAUGUAGACGUAAGUGACUCUUCUGGAGACUCUGGCAUCUUUGAGAAAUUCAAUAAAAUAAUUUGAACUACA